AGACAAACUCUUCAACUUUUGUACUGUGCGAAUUACUCGCCAUUCACUUUUUAUAACUGUACCAAUGGAUACCGGGGAUGAAUCGUCUCAAAGCAAGAGACAAAGAGUCAGUAGAGCAUGUGACCUUUGUCGUAGGAAAAAGAUCAAGUGCGACGGUACAAUUCCAAUAUGUGGUAAUUGCCAAGCGUUCAAUCUGAAUUGUGGAUAUAAGGACACAACCAAAAAGCGUGGUCCGCCUAAGGGAUAUAUUGAAGCGAUAGAAAAUCGUCUUCAUCGUAUGGAAUCACUUUUAGGAACUCUAGCUCAAGGAGAUGAUCCGAGAUCACAGGCACUCAUUGCAGAGUUAAAUGCUCCUUUGGAAACCAUACAUGGAGAGCUCAUUCGAACACGACCAAUGAGAAGACAAUUCAACGAGGAUGACCCAGAGUCGUCACCCGACAUCCCAUCACUAUCCCUCACCGACCUUCCUCAUUCCGUUCAAGAAUUAGAUUCUCCUUUGACGGUUGAUCAGGUCAACGACAGUCUUGGUAAUCUAACAAUUGAUGACGGUGGUCAAAUGCGCUAUCUUGGUAAAUCUUCAGGUUUUUAUAUGCUACAGAACAGUCGUCUGUUUCAUCAUGGAGCUUUUCAUUUUGGAGCACGUUUAGUCAAACGUCACCCUACAAAUAAUGGCAGUCGACUCGAAAUAUUGAACCCUCUUGAAAUGCCUCCGCCUGAUCUUGCACAACAUCUGAUCGACCUCUAUUUCAAGUACUUUUAUCCAACACUGCCUAUUCUUCACAAAAAAUCAUUCAUGGAAAAGCUUAAUAGCGAGGAUGAGGAUGACAAGCCAUCUCCACUGCUGCUGAAUGCAAUCUUUGCAAUUGCUUCUAGAAUCUCUCCAGACGAACGAGUACGAGAGGACGCUACAUUGCCAGAUACUGCUGGUGAGAUCUUUUUUGAAAGAGCAAAAUUCCUCCUUGAUCAAGAGUGCGACAUUGUUAGUACAUCUGCAAUACAAGCUCUUCUGCUACUCUCCAGUCAUCAACAUGGUGCAAUGAAAACCAGCCGAUCAUGGAUAUACAAUGGCAUGGCUUUUCGUAUGGCCCAGACGCUUGGACUGAACCACAACUGCGAUAAUUGGAAUAUUCCAGCAUCUGAAAGGGAAGAACGAAAACGAGUUUUCUGGUGUUGCUUUAUCGUGGAUCGUUAUACUAGUGCGGCUUUUGGACGAUCAACUGCCAUAGAUGAGCGUGACUUGGAUGCAACCUUCCCAACAGAAGAAGACGACCCGAAUGAUAGUCCCCCUGUUUUGGAGUACAUCCGACACGCAGUAAGAUUGAGCGACAUACUUGGCCAUAUUCUUCGAGACAUUUACUCCGUCAAGGGCCGACAACUUGCUUUGACCAUGGCUCCAGACACCAUCAUUGCCAAUCUAGACAAGGCACUCAACUCAUGGUACGGCAGUUUACCAAAGUCGCUAAAAUACAAGCCUCCAAGCUGCCGAGUUGGUGAAAAAGCGCCUGCUCCACCGCUUCCUGUCGCUCAAUUACACAUGACUUACUACACAGCACUCAUCUUGCUGCACCGACCGUUCAUUCCUGGCCCAUCCCAACCACGAGCACCAACCAGUUUUCCAUCGUUGCAAAUUUGUACGUCAGCGGCAUACUCUAUCCUCGACAUUGUUGAAAAUCUUUUGAGCAAUGGACAGCUCCGCUUUACGCUGAAUUAUGCGAUAUUCCAUGUAUUCACUGCCGGAACCUUGUUUGUCAAUAAUGCCGCUGUGCCUGAUUCGUAUUUGACGUUCGAAGCAAAGAUCAGCAUUAACAAGAUUAUGCGCGGACUAGACGAUAUUGAAUCUAGCUGGACGGCCGCAGCGCGAUACAGUAACAUCCUUGGAGAGCUUGCCGGCUUACGAGAUAUCAAUCUUGAAUCAGAUACCCCGUUUAAGGAUCGUUACACUAGCAGAAAACGCACUCCGCCCCCAAGCAUUGCGGUACCCAACUCUCCAGAGCCUUCUGACGACGAGUAUGAGCUGCCUAAUGAUUCACCUUCCACUAAGUCAACUGACUUACAACCAGAAUUGGUGUCAAAUGCAACUCCUCUAUCAUUCUCUACUGUUAAUACACCGCACAGUAAUAGCUACCCCUCUGCACUGAUAUAUCCUAGCGAACAGUUCACUACUUUGACAACUACGCCAACGCAAAGUCCCAGUGUUCACACUUCUAUGGAUCAAUUUCCUAUGUUGGAUACGACCGAAAACAAGACAAAUAAGAGGUCGUACGAUGCGCUUGGUACCGCUUUUUGGGGUAUGCCACCGUCACUGGAUAUCGAAGAAUGGAAUAACUAUUUGGGAAAUCAGCAGGGUAUGUAUCGAACAGCGCCACCGGCACCAUCUACAGCCCAGAGAUCAGUCAGUUUGCAGCAGGAAAAGACCUCAGCUCAGAGUCUUGAUGAAGGACAGGUGCCCAAUGGGAUAUUUGGCCAAAUGACAGGUAGUCCUGAGAAUUUGUCACAGCAGUUGCCACAGCAACAGCACCAACCCCGAAGAUCGCCGCAGUCACUACCGAUCCCCAACUCAGAAAACGGAACGUUUUUCUGGCAAUAAGUUCUUAGCUACCCUUUUUUUUUUUAACAAAUUUCUCUAACUUAGUUACCAUGUAUAUCCUCUUUAUAUUUCGCAUCGAACAUCGUGAAUUGUCGCUAUAAGCAUUUUUGUUUCAUCAAUGCCAAUUUCAUGUAAUUGUAGCGACAACCCUCCUUAGAAAUUGUCUUACUUUAGAAAGCAUUUGUACAAUUUUCCGUGAUUGAUAAAAACGUAAACAAAAAAAUGAAUGAUCCAUAUCC